AUAUCGUCGCGAACCACGCAUUCGCUCCAGCACAGCACAGCCAUAAUUCAACGCAACAACCACGACAACAACCGCAGCAGUUUUGAGACGCCUCAAAACUAGACUCCGCAAGCCGCGCUUUCGCUCCAGCACAGCAUAGCAGCUAUGAUUCUACGCAACAACCACGGCGACAGCCGCGCCAGCCGCAGAAGCAGCGGUCGAGAGAGGGAGGAGGGUGAGGAGGGAACAGGACUGUCUGCUAGAGAGGAGAAGGAGGUGGUGGAGGAGAAGGAGGUGGUGGAGGAGAAGGAGGUGGAGGAGGAAAAGGGUCCAUGUGAUACGAGAUUUACCAUCGGAAUCAGCGGGUUUAGUGAGAUCAACGGGAUUCGCGGGAUCGGCGGGAUCGGCGGGAAUAGUGGGAAUAGCGUUACCAGCUGUUUGGGCGUGGAGAGCAUAGCAGCACGUGUCGCUCGGCUCUCCGCCAUGGCGUCGGCGGCAGAGAGCCUCGCACUCUCGCUCGCACGCCGCUUCCACUGGCCGCUCCCUCCCGCUUUCAAACCCCCUCCUCUCCCUCCCGUUUCACGCGCCUCUCAAACGAGUAAUGCUCCCGGAACCAUCCCUGUGCCCCUCGUCCUCCCGUUUCCCCCGUCUCCCUCCCCUGUAAACCUCAUGACCGACUAUGGAGGCAGUGUGGGUGGUGGUGCGGUGGACUUGCUGCCGGGUGCUCUGUCCGUGGAUAGGUUACUGGGAAGUGACGUGGCAGGUGUCGUGGCGGCACCUGAUGUGGCAGGUGAUGCGGCGCGUGACAGGGCAUGUGAUGGGACACUGGGAGAACUGAUACCGGCAGACAAGCACAUGCCUGCAAAAGCAGGAGCAGGAGGGACUACAGGGAUUAGCAAAGAAGCGCGUUUCCGGCCCUCCCCCCGCUCCCCUCCGCCCUUCUCCUCUCUCUCCCUGGUCGCUCGUCCCCCUGCCAUGCCGCCCGUAUCUCUCCUCGCCUCCCUCCCCCCGGCAUCCAUGGCUGCCCUUGCCUGCGCGGAGGUGAGGGGCUGGUUGCAUGGCCCUCACAUGCAGUCAUGGGCGCCACAGUCACAGCCGCUACUGUCAGAGCCACUACAAUCACAGCCACUACAAUCACAGGCUCCACAGGCAUACUCACCCAUACUGGCGUUCCUUCUGCCACAGCUGCUCUUGAUGCCUCGUCUGGUGCAAUCAGACAGACAUCCUCACUACCAGAAACAGCAGCAGCAACAGCAUUAUUACCACCACCACCACCACCACCGCCACCACCAGCGCCGGCACCAGCAUUCCAUCUUUGCCCUUAGCAGGCACGUUCGGCAUGUGUCGGCCCAACAUGGGCUGGGCUGGUGCCGCCAUGUCAGUGCUCAGGUGGCAAAGCUGAUCGCCAGGUGUCUGCGUGUGAUUGGAGAUGAGGCACAGGCACUGCUGAUAGCAGCAGAGGACGGAGGAGUAGGCCAAUUCCCUGGAGGGGAGGAAGGAGAAGCAUUCACUGCAGGAUCUUCUUCUAUAGUAGAUAGCGUAUCACCAACGGUUGAGGAGAUAAACGCAACCACCAACACCACGAUACCCUCUCAAACCCCUCCUCCUCCCCCUCCACCUCUUCCUCCUGCUGCACGUGCCACCGUCCCGUGCCCUCUUCUCUCCCACACGCUCAAAUGGCUGGGAGCAGUGCUGUCCAAGGGCAUCAGCAGCCGCGGUUCCGGUACCGUUGCGUCCUCUAGCAGUGGUGGUGUUGGCUCCGUUGCUGCUGGGAGGGUGAGCGAGAAUGGUAGCUGGGAGGGUGAGGUGCCAGAUGCGGAAGUAGAGCAGCGAGGGCCGGGGGGGCAGGUGGAGGGAGCAGCACCGGGGAAAGAAGAAGAGGGUGCCUUGGCAGGGCUGCAGCUGGUUACAGCUGUGGUUGUGGACGUGCUGUGCUGUGCCAUAGACACGUGGUGGAAAGCACAGGUGGCGCAAGGACAGGUGGCUUCAGAGUCGUGGUGUUGCGAGGACGAUCAAUGGGGCAAGGUGGCGGAGAGAAGCAGCAGGGGCGGGCUGGAGAACAAGGGGGGGAAGAGGGGGGGAGGAGGAGGGUUUGAGGAGAGAGUGGAUGGGGAGGAUGGUUUUGAUCUAGCAAGGAAGGUGGUGGGAGUGGAGGGAGAUGAGGAGAGGGAGGAUGGAGAUGGGGGAUUGGAGGAAGAAGAGGAGGAGGGGGAGGAGGAGGAAGAGGAAGGUGAUGAGGGGGAGGGGAAGGGAGAGGAGGAGAGGGAGUGUGCAGAGGGGACGGGUAAAGCAGAGAAGCUUCUGGGAAGCCUGGUCAUGGAGAGAAUGGCGGCUGAUGUGGUUCAGUCGUUGCGGACUCUGGAGGGGAAUCGAAGAUGCACACAUGCAGUGCAGAGCGCAUUGCAUGCAAGGUCACCUGCCUCCCGUCUUCAAGAUUACACCGCUGGCGUGGCACUUUCAGCAGCCAAUCGCAGCUCUCGCUCUGAUUUCCGGCCUCUUUUGGACUUCGACGCUGUUCCGCUAGUCAAGCCUUCACCUUUCCUGCCACACAGCCAUGGGAGCGCACCCACACAGGCCACGGCGCGUGGUCAGGAUGUCAAGAGGCGCAGAACCAAGUACAGGUCACAGGGUAGAGGAAGAUCGCAGCACGAGGUAUGGCGCACCAUCAUAGACGCCAACAUGCAUGCGAUCCGAGAAGCAGGUGGUAUCGGCUGCUUCGCUGCUUCUGCUGCUGCUGAUGCUGGUGCUGCUGGUGGUGCUGCUGCUGCUGCUGCUGCUGCUGCUCCUCCCACCGCUACUACCCGUCCUGCCUCUCAUCCUCCUCCCUCCACUGCUCCUGUAGGGGUUGCAACAAGUUCCGCUUGCCUUUUCCACGCUCCAGUGUCUGCUGCUCCUCCGCUGCCCUCUGCACCUGUUGCCACUUGGCCCACGCACACACCGUGUGCCAGUGCUGGUGACUAUACUGGGAAUCCCCAGGGAGCGAGAAGAGCUGCGAGGGGUAGGGAGGAGGAAGGGAGCAGGGAGGAGAGCGUUCAGGAGGAUAGGAGGGCGAGAGGAGAGAGUAGAUCAGAUUCAAGGGAGAGAGGGGAGAGAGUAGGGGAUGGAAGGAAGGUGAAUCGGAGAAGGGAGGGGUUUGAGAGGGGGGAGAGAAGGGAGGGGCUUGAGACAAGGGAGGAGAGAAGGGAGGGGCUUGAGACGAGGGAGUACAGGGAACGUAAGAGGAGGAAAGGGAGUGUAGAAGUGAUUCAAGAGGAUGGUGUGACACUAGGGGAUGAAUGUGGAGCAGGAGAAAGGAACAGGGGUUGGAGUGGAAGGAGGAGGUACAAAGAAAUGAAAGAGCGGGAACAGCAGGGGCAGCAGCAGGAGGAGGAGGAGGAGAAGAAGAUGAGAGGCAGAAGGGCGGAGAGAGCCCUAGGGACAGAGGAGCUGAAAGAGAGUGGGAGGGGCCGAGGGGAAGGCAGUGGGAGACAGAGGCGACAUGAAUGGGUGGUUGACGACCGGAAGGGUGGAGAAAGGGACUUGAAAAGGGAUGAUGGUGGGAGGGAUGCUGGGAGGGAUGGUGGGAAGGAGCAUGGGAAGGAUGGCAGGAGGGAUAGGUCAAGAGAUGGUGGGAAGGAUGGUGGGAGACAUGGUAGAAGGGAUGGUGAGGUGCGUGUUCGAUGGGAGAAUGGGCGACAUGCAUGGGAUCAGCGAGAUUGGAAGCCUAGUAGAGAUGAGAUGGAUGAUGCUGGGCGUUAUAGGGAUGAAAGGGACGAUGCUGGGCGCCAUAGUGAUGACGGUGGGAGACACAGGCUCAGGCACAGGGGCUCGCAAGGCACAAGAGAAUCAGGGGGUGUUGGGAGAGAUAUGGAGCGGUGGGAACCCAUGGGGGAGGAUAAUGAGCUAGGGGAGAGGUGAGAGGGAGGGAAUAUGUGGAACGGAGGGGGUUGAUGGGGAGCAGGGCCUCAGAUUACAGGCUUUAUACCCUGAUUCAGGGUAAAAUCAGGGUGUUUUUUACGGGUGACCCUGAUGAGACAGGGUUUUUCUUUAACACGGGCCUGAAAUUUCAGCGUUUUUUUAGAAGUGAACCCUGAUCGAUCAGCGUGCCUAGUGUAGUGAGGCCUGUUUUUCCAGCGUCGCAUUCGGGACCGACCCUGGAUACUCUCAGAAACUUAGGAGUCUAGGUUCCUAAAGUUAGGACACUAGCUUAGCUAGGAAUGACGCCAUGGAAUGGUGGGAGAAAAGUAGAUCUAGGAACGUGAGUAGUGAGGAGAGAUGUCGAGAAGAAAGGUGAAUUGAAAAGAAAGAGGCAUACAAGAAGGGGUGUUGUACCCUCUACAGCAGUAUUCAGAGUCUAGGUUCCUAAAGUUAGGACACUAGCUUAGCUAGGAAUGACGCCAUGGAAUGGUGGGAGAAAAGUAGAUCUAGGAACGUGAGUAGUGAGGAGAGAUGUCGAGAAGAAAGGUGAAUUGAAAAG